UACACUGAUUAGAUGACUAGUUUUUAAAAUAUUAGCCUCUCCUCUUUCCUUUGUCAAGCUUUAUUUUUUUGUACACAAUGUGGGAGAAGAUGCAUGAACGCAAUUAACCUUUCUUUAAAGAAACAGUUUCUUCGGAAUUAGGCGGCUUAAUUUAUCAUCAUUGGGCAAGCAUACACUUGCCUUAGGUGGAGCUUCUAUUAAUUCUCCGGAUCACGAAUAAUCACGAAAACCAUUCUGGAAACUGGUUCAGUUAGCUUCAGUGGCAGUUAGUAAAAGUUCAGAGCAGAAUGAAAGGAUCGAUUAUAAGUAAAGAACUGAAAGGACAUGUAUUGGAAGGCAAAGAAAAAAGGUGGAAUGACAAAUGUCUCACUGGCAAAUUCUACAUCUUACUAGACUGAAGCAUCAAAAGAAUUACAGUUUUCCAUUUUCCGAGGCAGACGUCAGCGAUCGAUCAUCCGCGCACGAGAUAUAUGAUCUCCGUUUCGCUUGGCGUAAUUCGUGCGGAGCUGAUCGAUCAUUAAGCUUGCCUCUCGUUCGUUCCGCUGCACUCGCACGUGUGCAUGCAUUGCACCGCUCCUGGUACUACGCCACACGGUUUUAGCCGUCCAAUUUCAUAUUUGCACCGACACCAGACCGAACGCGAACUUGAACUUAGAUUCGUUCGAGCGCAGACUUACGAAUGAUGAUCAGGAAAUUGGCAAUUAGGAACGAACGAUAAGUUGGACUUGCGAGAACGUUUUAUUACAGCCGUUUUUGACUGCAACUUCAUUUCCGAUUGUCUAUAAAACUCGAACGAGAACAGCACGAAACGCAUGCAAAGAUGCGCAGCCCCGAUAAAUCUAUAAGAUAAGACGAUCCGUAUUCUGUACAUUUGUGCCGAAUUCAGCUCAGGUGUAAAGUUGGUAUAUACCAGGUGCUACGCAGAUUGCCGCAUACGCAGAGUUUCGUAUUCCAAUUUUUAUGCAUGGAUGUCAAAGUCUCAUUAUCAGGGAACCAUCGAGAGAAACUGUGAACAAUGCAAGGAAUAUAUGGAAUUUUUCUUACAUUCUGUCAAUCCAUCUUCGGCAAGCAAAAUGAGAAUAUGUGAAAACACCGCUGUGAGCGAGUCGACGCGUUUUUGCGGAAGUCAUGCCGGUUAAGGAGCAAUCGUUGAAUGGAAACGAGUGGCGUUUUAUGGACCGUCGAACUGCAUCAGACUGUGGAUCAUAAAUUUUGACAAAUAAAGUGGAAGAAUGCGUACACUUUCCAAUCUGAAGAAAUGUUUCAGCGAGUAAACUUGACAUGUAAUUAUUGUUGAUACAGAAAAGGAAUAUGCGAUGAUUUUGGAGCAAUCUGUUUGCGCACGACUAUUAGUAAUUUGAAAAACUGUGUCACGACGUAAUUUAAAUUCUGGAUACGAGAAACAAGUUCAACAAAUGGCGGAAUCCGCAUCCAACAUGCCAGAAGAGAAAGACGCUACCGUGGCUGAUGCAACACUUAUCUGUGAUAAGCGACAUUGUAGGGAGAUGCGGAAGGAGAAGUUACCCCCUUAUCUUCGAGACAGAGAAAGGAUACUUUAUCCACGUAAUACGAGAACUCUGCCAAAAGUACCGGUAAUCGGCGGACAACCCAUCGACGAAGAAACAUGCAUGUUUCUCGUUGUAUUACGAGUCACACUAUUACAGGCUUUGAGGACAUUAGUCUUCGGUUCCUGCGCGACUCCACCUAAGAUUGAAUGGGCAAGGACCGGACUGACUUUACGACCAUAUGGACAGAGUUUGGCGUUUGGAUUGAGAGCGCCUAGGAACACAACAAGAGGCCUCGUCACUGCAGUGCAGGCUGUCAUGUUAAAACAUUUUUUAUUUAAGUGCAACAGGCAAGAUCAACGCGUAAAUCCCGAAGAUUUGCUGAAACCUUCAUACGAUCGACAAAUCGAAGUGCUGACUUCUGCAAUAUCGGAGAUUAUUUGGCGCUGCACCGGUGGCUUCUCCGUAUCCACGUGCUCAAAUGUCGUCAGCAACACCGUGCCAAAGGCCGUGGUGGUUCUGCCACAGGAUAUACCUUAUCUUCAACAUAAUGUGCGAUAUUUUCAAGAUGGAUUAACAGAAACACUGCACCUCUUUGAAUUCAAUUCCUUGGAAGAUCUUGAGAUAUUUAUCAAGAGGUACUUGUACUUGUUUCACGACGAAGGUGGAGCCGGUGCGAUUUUACUUUUAUACAGUGCCGUUCUCUCGAGAAGCCUUUCAAAAGUUCAGAGUGAUUUGGAAGAUCCAAAGGCAUCGAUUCUCGGUGGAUGUCCGGAAGAAGGCCCAAUUAGCGUCAUCGUCCUCACUUUAACUGGUCGUGUUUCACCGCAUCUCCACAACGGAGUGGUUCACGUUGGCGAUGAAAAUACAUACUCUCUACCACAAUGGGGCGUCCUUAUAAGAAGCGAAGUAGGAUUCUUAAUACACGAAGGCGACAAUAAUUUGAGCAAACAGCCAGGUUCUCGCUUGAAGACACCCACUCUACCGAUAUGGCUGACUCUUUGUCUCGGUCAUCACGGCGUGCUCUUCAACACGAAUCGAGAAUUGCUGAGAAACUAUCACGCAGAACGACGGUUUGAGGUCCAAUAUUUCACCUGCGGUGGCAGUCACGCUACGUUGACGGUGGACACCAGGGCAAACGAGACUUCCGGAAAAUCAGAUUCUGCAACAAUGGAAGCCAUGGAUAUCGCCACAACACCGUUAGAAAAACUCAUUCGAUCCAAAAUUCAAGGUAUCUCUUCCACUUAUUGUUCCACGCUGCACCAAAGGUGGCAGGAUGCUCUCAUACAAUGGAACGGAACACCGGUGAUGUGAGCGAUACGAGAGGAUGACGAUCAAACCUCCUUUCUGUAUUAAGCUGUGUUAAUUCGUGUAAUCCGUGAUUCCAUGUGCUAAUCGAUCAGCGUUGGUUGAACGCUGCGCAUACUUAUAAUCUUCAGCAAAGGCUUUCAACUGUUGUUAAAUACACAAGUAGAAGUUAUUUGUGUCGCAUAAUUUUACAUGCGUGAUAAAAUAUUUUUUAGCGCUUUCAAAUAGUAUUUGCAGGUACCUGUACGAUGAUCGAGAAAAGCUUUAUUAUUUUAUAAAAUGUUUUAUGUGUCAAUAAAUGGCUGUUAACACUAUAAAUUCUUUAAAAAAAAU